GAGAGGAAACAGCGGCAGAGUAACGGGUGCAGCUGGGACGCUUCGGGAUUUCAACCAAAAAACACGAGCUAUCAGCGAGCUGCGACUUAUCAAACAGGAUCAGUUUGGACAAAGCUGAGACACACCAGCCGUUAACUUGAUGAUGCCCUGGCCUUUUAAAUAAAUCUUCUGUUGAACUUUAAAAAUAAUUUUCAGCCAAACUUGUUUCCUAAUUUUGAUUGGCCUUUAUACCGAAAGUUUCCACGACACUUAAUCCUCAACUCUUCUCAUCAUCAUGGCGAACAUUUGCCCCUACGGCCGCUUCACCCACGCUGUUGUCCGCGGUAUCCCAGAAUCCUUUGGGAAAACCCCCCAUGAAGAACAACAGAAUGGCGAGCAAAAUGGAGAUUCAAGCGUGGACUUGGCCAAAGCUCAGCGUCAGUUUGGCUGUUUGACGGGAGCUUUGCGACAGAAGGUGGGCCUACAGCUCAUCGAGAUUCCCCCAGACCCGGACCUUCCUGAGAGCUGGAGGAUCGAAGAUGUGGUUGUAAUCCAGGGAGACACGGCCCUCAUCACCAGACCCUACAAACAGCAGAGGCGCAGCGAGGUAGAGGCGGUGCGGCGCGUCCUGUCGGAGCUGAGCCUGACUGUGGUGGAGAUGGGGGAGGAGGAGGGGGGCUCUGGAGGGGCCACUCUGGAGGGCAGCGAUGUCCUCUUCACCGGGAGAGAGUUCUUUGUGGGAGUGUCGUCCCACACCAACCGCAGAGGGGCUGAAGUUCUCGCAGACACUUUCAGGGACUUUGCAGUGUCCACAGUCCCGGUCUGUGGAGGAGCCAGACUCAAAAACAUCUGUUCAAUGGGAGGUCCCGACACCAUCAUCUUCAGCAGCAGUGAAGGGGCCAAGAAGACGCUCAGGAUGAUGGAGCAGUUGACAGACCACCAUUAUGAGAUCCUGACUGUCCCGGAGGAGGCCGCCGCAAACUGCAUCUACAUCAAAGGAGCGUCCAAACGAGACUUCCUGAUCCACCGCCCGACAGAGGAAGCACCAGAGAGCACAGCUGCCUUCCAGAAGCUGCAGGACUACACUCUGCUCCCCACGGCCUGCAGUGAAGCCUCUAAACUGGGUGCGUGUCUGUCUUCCCUCUGCCUCCUCAUCAACAGAAAGCACUCUUACUUCUGAACAAAAACGGGUUUAAAUCCAAGCCCAAAACUCAACUAUCUCCACUCUUUUCUAUUUAUUACUGAGGGAAACUAUGACUACGGUACACUUCUGGAAGUCCAGCUAUAACAUCUGCAGACUGGUUUACUCAAGGGAAAAUUCAUGACCAGUUUUGACCAUUUUCCACAUCAACAAAACCACUCUCGUCCCACUGUACAGGGCUGAGUAUUACAGUACUAUUACCACUAUGUAAAGCUAUUUCAAUCAGAUUUUAAAGAAGUGUUGUAAUUUUGUUUAUGCAAUCGUUUCACUGUGGUUUUAGCCUCUUUGUAUGAACUGUAGACACCAAAUAUUUACUUUAUAGUUGUGUUCUGUCAAUAAAUGCUGCUUUUAUAAA